AUGGUCGACUAUCACCCCUAUUCUGGAAACAUGCCUCACGACUUCGACCUCUACGCGCCUCAGGAGCAAUACGAGUUUGUUCCCACAAGUCAGGCUUUUCUGCCUUCCAACUAUAGUAUGGAUCCCUCCUUCAGCACUCCCUAUGAGCCCGUCGACAUGGCACCGAUGCCCGAACCCUUGACAUCGCAAGAACUGCAACAGCAUUACGACGCCAUUGCCCAGGGUGUCAAGCCGGCCUAUCAAUACACUCCCCAGGCGUCACCAAGCACGCCGUCGCAGACCUUUGAACAGCCUCCAGUCCUCUCCACCUCGUCUGAAUCCGGUGCAUCCGUCUCUUCCUCCAACAUGCCCUCGCCCUCUCUGAACCCUCAGUACACCGAGCCAUGGAAUCCCAUGGCCAACGGCUUAGGCCUCCCCAUUCUUCAGAGCACGCCCGGCUUCGAGUAUGAAGGGCUUGUCGCCGAAAAGGUCACUGGCUAUCCCAACCUCGUGCAGCCCUUCAUGCAGUUCCCUCAGUCACCAUAUCCCGAAUUCCGCACGACCCCUUCACCCUACUUCCCGAUCGAGCAUCCCCCCUCGCCUGCACUGUCCCACGUUUCGUCGCAGAGCCAACGGCCCGGAUCUAGGCAGUUCAAGAGGGGUUCCCAGUCCCCCUAUCUCCACACCCAACAGUUCCAACCAUACCCACUUGGCCAGCGGCGGAGAUCGGAUGCUUCCCUCCACUCUCAACAAUCGGGCGCUAGCCGCAAGAGCGGCAGCCACGGGAUUGACGACGAGACUCGCGAGAAGGGACUCUGCCCUCUUCCAGAGUGUGGGCGCGUCUUCAAAGACCUGCGCGCGCAUAUGCUCACCCAUCAGAAUGAGCGACCGGAGAAGUGCCCAAUCGCUACCUGCGAAUACCACGUCAAGGGUUUUGCGAGGAAAUACGAUAAGAACCGCCACACCCUGACACACUACAAGGGAACCAUGGUCUGCGGCUUCUGUCCUGGAUCCGGCUCGGCGGCGGAGAAGUCGUUCAACCGAGCCGACGUGUUCAAGCGACAUCUCACGUCGGUGCACGGCGUCGAGCAAAACCCGCCCAACAGCCGGAAGAAGUCGCCGAGCGGAAAGAAGGCCCACGCCGGCCAGCAGAAUAUGACGGGUACUUGCUCAACCUGCUCGGUGACCUUUGCCAAUGCGCAAGAGUUCUACGAGCAUCUGGAUGACUGCGUCCUCCGCGUCGUGCAGCAGGCCGAUCCCAGCGAGGCCAUUAACCAAAGACUGCUCACUUCCACCUCUGGUGGGAGGGGUCUUCGGGCCGGGCUGACCUUUUCCAAGGGCGGCGUGGCGAUUACCGGGUCGGGGCGCAAGAGGCGCAAGAACUACCCCGUCUCGUGGGGCUGCCCGACGGACCGGAUGAAGAUGAAGAAGCGGGUGCUCUGCGUCUUUGACGGGCCGCGACGCCUGUGGAAGGACGACAUGAUGCUCGACCAGGAGUUUGAGGUGCGCAUGAAGCUGCCCGACGGCAAGUCGUACGUGACGGACCUGGAUGUGCAGACGCUCAAGCGGGCCGAGGCCAUCCAUGGCGCGACGCCCGAGGAGCGCGGCCCUUAUGUACCGGACUAUGGCGUCGACGCCGUGGGAGAGAACGAGGCGGACGACUUCGUGUCGGGAAGUGUUUGA